AUGGAGGUCUCGAGCUCCCUGGCUACCACGGCCGGGAACGGUGUCGACGUAUCCCCUACGACGUCGGCACCACCCUUUCAGACCAUAGAGCCCGAACGCGUCGUCGAACAUCUCGUACAGGUGUGCAAGGUGGCCCUGGGAUCUACGCAGGAGGAGCUGGAGGAGCAGGGGAACCUGCUGCACAGCAGCCGCUACGGCGAGACGGUAGCGCGGUGUACGCGGUUCGCCGCCGAUGCCCAGAGCGUGCUGUAUAUCCAGAAGGAUAUCGCCGCUUCGUCGGCCGUGGAGAGCGGGACCGACACGGCCGUGCCCUCGUCUUUCCGCUACAGCCUCACCGCCGAACUCGCGUCGUCGCCCACGACCGUCGCCUCCCUCGUCCUCAUCAAGGCUCCCCAGCCGCUCGACCCGACCCGGCCGCUCACGUCCCAGAUCUUCAUCACCAACCUCCCCGGCCCCGCGUCCCUGGCCGCCAUCGUGGCCGACCAGGGCCCCUCGCUGUCGCCCUGGGAGGUGCUGCACUCGCAGGUCCACCACGCCCUCGUGCCCUACUUCGACGCCAACUCCAAGCCCCAGCAGGCCGCCAACGGGACCAGGGGCCGCGCCGACGUCGACUCCAAGACGGGCAUCCCCGUCACCAAGAAGAGGCUCAACGACCUCGAGCUGAGCCUGCUGCACCUCCAGCAGAACGUCGACAUACCCGAAAUCUCCCUCACCUUCCACUCCGCCGUCCAGACCGUCCUCGACGAUGCCGACGCCCACCACACCCGACCCUCGAUCGACUCGAUACCCCCCGAGCUCCUGCAGGACAGCACCUUCCUGAACAGGCUGCAGGCCAACGUCAACUCGUGGAUCAAGUCCAUCCAGGGCAUCACCAAGAUGACCAGGGACAGCGCCUCCUCCUCGGGCCAGAACCAGGAGUUCAACACGGCCAGCCAGGAGGUCAACUUCUGGCUGUCCAUGGAGUCGGCCCUCGAGGGCGUCGAGGCCCAGCUCCGGAGCGAGGGCGUCCUGCUCACGCUCGACAUCCUCAAGCACGCCAAGCGAUUCCAGGCCACCGUCAGCUUCACCGCCGACACGGGCCUGAAGGAGGCCAUGGAGAAGGUCCAGAAGUACAACCAGCUGAUGCGCGACUUCCCCCUCGACGAGCUGCUCUCCGCCACCUCCCUCUCCAAGGUCCAGGACGCCAUCCGCGAAAUCUUCCAGCACCUCAACAAGAAGCUCAGGAUCUGCCCCUACCCCAUCCGGCGCGCCCUGCCCCUCGUCGAGUCCAUCUCCGCCGACCUCGACGACGUGCUGCACCGCCUGCUCCCGGGGACCGAGCUCGUCAACCUCGACUACGACCAGUUCCGGACCGUCAUGAGGACGAGCGAGGACAUCUUCAAGACGUGGGAGGACUCCGUCAAGGAGUUCACCAACGUGGCCCGCGAGGUGACGCGGCGCCGCAACGAAAAGUUCAUCCCCAUCAAGAUCAACAAGAAGCACUCGGAGCUCGAGUCGAGGAUCCACUACGUCGGCACCUUCCGCGACAACCACGAGCAGCUGCAGCGCACCAUCGUCAACGUCCUCGGCCCCAAGGCCACCCUCACCGGCAUGACCGAGACCACGGGCGCCGACGGCGUCGUCAUCGAGGAGAUGGGCGACGUCGAUGCCGUGCAGGAGGUCAACCAGGCCUGGGAGGCCCUCCAGAACGUCGACCUCCUCGACGUGACCGAGCAGGGCAAGGACCGCUUCUCCCUCGCCGAGAACCUGUACAACGAGCGCACCACCCGCGUCGAGAACUCCAUCAUCACCAGGCUGCGGGACCGCCUCGGAACCACCAAGACGGCCAACGAGAUGUUCCGCGUCUUCUCCAAGUUCAACGCCCUCUUUGUGCGGCCCAAGAUCCGCGGCGCCAUCCAGGAGUACCAGAACCAGCUCAUGGACCACGUCAAGCAGGCCAUCAACGGCCUCCACGAGCGCUUCAAGCAGCAGUACGGCCACUCCGAGGCCCACGCCAUGUCCCAGCUGCGCGACAUCCCCCCGGUCUCGGGCGCCAUCAUCUGGGCCCGCCAGAUCGAGCUCCAGCUGGACGGCUACAUGAAGAAGGUCGAGGCCGUCCUCGGUCCCGACUGGUACCUGCAUGCCGAGGGCAAGAAGCUCAAGGAUGAGAGCGACCUGUUCCGCGACAAGCUCAAGACGGACAGGAUCUUCGAGGCCUGGGCCGCCGACGUCACCCGCCGCAAGAUCUCCAUCUCCGGCCAGCUGUUCGACAUCAACCGGGUCAGGUCCGCCGGCGGCAUCCUCGAGCUCGCCGUCAACUUCGACCCGCAGAUCAUCACCCUGUUCAAGGAGACGCGCAACCUCACCUGGCAGGGCUACAGCGUGCCCCACUCCAUCACCACCGUCUCCAAGGACGCCAAGCGCGUCUACCCCUACGCCGUGAGCCUGAUGGAGAGCGUGAGGACCCUGGCCCAGACCGUACGCCAGGUCUCCGCCAUGGGCGAGGAGGCCGUCCUGCUCCACGGCUACCGCAACGACGUCUACAAGCUCGUAGUGGAGGGCGUCCCGCUGCGGUGGGAGUCCUUCAUCAACUCGCACGAGCUCUUCUACACCGACCAGAGGCAGGCCCGCCCCCUGCUGUCCGGGGCCACCGACUUCGGCCUCGCCAAGAACACCGAGAGCAAGCACGGCAUGUUCAUCCGCGGGUUCGCCUCGGCCGUCUCCGUCCUCCAGAGCAAGACGGUCUCCCUGGGCUACAUCUACGCCACCGUCGAGCAGGCCCUCCGGGACCUCGGCACCUGCCCCUACGAGGUGGCCGCCUUCCGGUCGCACCUCGACACCGUCCAGGCCGCCGUCGACCAGCUGAACCUCGAGCGCUACGCCAACCUCGACUUCUGGGUCGGCGGUCUCAACGAGAGGAUCCAGGAGGUCCUCCUCGGUCGUCUGCAGAGCGCCAUAUCCGCCUGGAUCUCCGCCUUCGAGGACUCCUCCUCCUCCUCCUCCUCCUCCUCCUACACCUCCUCCUUCUCCGCCGCCGCCGCCGCCGCCGCCGCCACUACCAUCACCACCACCACCACCACCACCACCACCACCGGUGGAGGUGCGGGCGAGGAUGCCAGGAACGGCCCCGUGAUGAAGCCCAUCGUCCUCGAGCUGGCCAUGCGAAACCAGGUCAUCUACCUCGACCCGCCCGUGGAGCACGCCCGCGCCAGCUGGUUCCUGCACCUCCACGACUGGAUCGGCGUGGUGUGCAACCUGCACAAGAUCAGGGCCUCGCGCUACCAGAUGAGCCUCAACACGAGCGCCAUCGAGGAGCUGGGCUUCACCGAGCUGCCCAGCGAGUGCGCCGGCAUGCUGCAGCGCGUCUACGUCUCGGUCGAGAGGAAGCUCGGCGAGAUCGGCACCUACGUCGACGAGUGGCUGCAGUUCCAGUCCCUGUGGGACCUGCAGUCCGAGCAGGUCUACGACGCCCUGGGCGAGCAGCUGUCGAGGUGGCUCGAGCUGCUCCAGGACAUCCGCAAGACGCGCAGCACCUUCGACACCCAGGACGACAGCCGGUCGUUUGGCCACAUCACCAUCGACUACGGCCAGGUCCAGGCCAAGGUGAACGACAAGUACGACCAGUGGCAGCGCGAGAUCCUCAUGCGCUUCGCCACCCGCCUCGGCAACCGCAUGCGCGACGUCCACGCCGACAUCGAGAAGUCCCGCAAGCACCUCGAGACCCAGAGCUCGGACGCCUCGUCCACCGCCCAGGCCGUCCACUUCAUCACCGUCGUGCAGAGCUGCAAGCGCAGCGUCAAGGCCUGGGCCCCCGAGAUCGACAUGUUCCGCCAGGGGCAGUCGACCCUCGUCAGGCAGCGCUACCAGUUCCCCAACGACUGGCUGCACAUCGAGCAGAUCGACAGCCAGUGGGAGGCCCUCAAGGAGAUACUCGAGAAGAAGUCGCGCAUCGUCCAGGACCAGACCGACGCCCUGCGCGCCAAGAUCGUCGCCGAGGACAGGCUCGUCACCGACCGCAUCUCCGAGGUCAUCGCCCAGUGGAACGAGGAGAAGCCGGUGUCGGGCACCAUCCAGCCCGACGUCGCCUCGGCCACCCUCACGGCCUUCGAGAGCAAGAUCUCCAAGCUCCAGGACGACUUCGACAUGGUGGCCAGGGCCAAGGAGGCGCUCGACAUCCCCGCCAGCUCCGAGACGUCGCUGGUCUCGACCCUCCAGGAGGUGCGCGACUUCCAGUCGGUGUGGUCCAACCUGGCCACCAUCUGGUCCAGCCUCAACGAGACGCGCGACACGCUGUGGACGGCCGUGCAGCCGCGCAAGAUCCGCGGCAAGAUCGACGAGCUGCUCGCCGGCACCAGGGACAUGCCGAGCCGCAUGAGGCAGUACGCCGCCUUCGAGCACGUCCAGGGCAUCCUGCGCAGCCUGCUCAAGGUCAACUCCACCCUGUCGGACCUCAAGUCGGACGCCAUCCGCGAGCGCCACUGGCACAAGAUCUACAAGCAGAUCAGGCCGCAGACGCGCUUCUCGCCCAGCUCCAUGACGCUCGGCGACGUCUGGGACCUCAACCUGGUGGCCACCGAGGCCGUCGUCCGGGACAUCAUCGCCCAGGCGCAGGGCGAGAUGGCGCUCGAGGAGUUCCUCAAGCAGGUCCGCGAGACGUGGCAGAGCUACGCCCUCGAGAUGGUCGGCUACCAGAACAAGCUCAAGCUGAUCCGCGGCUGGGACGACCUGUUCGCCAAGUGCUCCGAGAACCUCAACUCGCUGCAGGCCAUGAAGCACUCGCCCUACUACAAGGAGUUCGAGGAGGAGGCCGUCUCCUGGGAGGACAAGCUGAACCGCGUCCACGUCCUCUUCGACGUCUGGAUCGACGUCCAGCGCCAGUGGGUCUACCUCGAGGGCGUCUUCACCGGCAACGCCGACAUCAAGCACCUGCUGCCCAUCGAGUCGGGCCGCUUCGCCAACAUCAACAGCGAGUUCACGGCCGUCAUGAAGAAGGCCGCCAAGUCGCCCUACGUCCUCGACGUGCUCAACAUCGCCAACGUCCAGAAGUCGCUGGAGCGCCUCGCCGAGAUGCUCAACAAGAUCCAGAAGGCCCUGGGGGAGUAUCUCGAGAAGGAGCGCGUGUCCUUCCCCCGCUUCUACUUCGUCGGCGACGAGGACCUGCUCGAGAUGAUCGGGAACAGCAACGACUCGCUCCGCAUCGCCAAGCACUUCAAGAAGAUGUUUGCCGGCCUGUCCGGCCUCGUCAUGGACGAGGAGACGGUCAUCUCCGGCUUCACCUCCAAGGAGGGCGAGGAGGUCAGGCUCAAGAAGGACAUCUCCCUCGCCAAGGCGCCCCGCAUCAACGACUGGCUCGCCCUGCUCGAGUCCGGCAUGAAGUCGACGCUGGCCGACCUGCUCGUGGAGGCCUACGAGGAGUACAUGCCCAUGUUCGAGUCCGGCACCAUCGGCCGCGACGGCCUGACCAGGUUCAUGGACGCCUACCCCAGCCAGAUCGUCGUGCUGGCCACCCAGGCCGCCUGGACGACGGCCGUCGAGAGGGCCCUCGAGGCCGGCGGCGGGGACCUGCCCACCCUGUUCGAGCGCGAGGUCCAGGUCCUGCGCGUCCUGGCCGACACGGUCCUGGGGGAGCUCGACGUGCUCCAGCGCAAGAAGGCCGAGCAGAUCAUCACCGAGUGCGUGCACCAGCGCGACACGAUCGAGAAGCUCGUCGAGGCCGGCGCCGGGUCCCCGGACCACCACCUCUGGCAGCUGCAGAUGCGCUACGUCUACACGCCCGCCGGCGACUCCCUCGACCGCCUGCACGUCGAGAUGGCCAACGCCAGGCUCAACUACGGCUUCGAGUACCUCGGCGUGUCCGACCGCCUGGUCCGCACCCCGCUCACGGACCGCUGCUUCCUGACCCUGACGCAGGCCCUCUGCCAGCGCCUCGGCGGAUCGCCCUACGGCCCCGCCGGCACGGGCAAGACGGAGUCCGUCAAGGCCCUGGGCACCCAGCUCGGCCGCUUCACCCUCGUCUUCUGCUGCGACGACACCUUUGACUUCCAAGCCAUGGGCCGCAUCUUCCUGGGCAUCUGCCAGGUCGGCGCCUGGGGCUGCUUCGACGAGUUCAACCGCCUCGAGGAGAGGAUCCUGUCGGCCGUGUCGCAGCAGAUCCAGAACAUCCAGCUCGGCCUCAAGCAGGCCACCGAGGAGCCGGGCGCCCAGAUCGAGCUCGUCGGCCGCCAGCUCAGCGUCAGCGAGAACACGGGCAUCUUCAUCACCAUGAACCCCGGAUACGCCGGCCGCUCCAACCUGCCCGACAACCUGAAGAAGCUGUUCCGCAGCGUCGCCAUGUCCAAGCCCGACAAGGAGCUCAUCGCCGAGGUCAUGCUCUACUCGCAGGGCUUCAACCAGGCCAAGAGCCUGUCCAAGCAGACGGUCCCCUUCUUCGACCACUGCUCGCGCCGGCUGUCCAAGCAGGCGCACUACGACUUCGGCCUGCGCGCGCUCAAGAGCGUCCUGGUCAGCUCCGGCGGCCUCAAGCGCGCCAGGCUCACCGCCGGCAACCUCGGCCCCGAGCAGGAGGUUGUCGAGCCCGAGAUCAUCGUCCAGAGCAUCCGCGAGACCAUCGCGCCCAAGCUCAUCAAGCCGGACGUCGACGUCAUGAUGUCCAUCGAGAAGGACUGCUUCCCCGGCGUCGAGUACGUGCCCGCCAACCUCGAGCGGCUCGAGGACGCCAUCCGCUCCCUGGCCGCGGAGAGGCACUUCGUCGUCAACGAGCUGUGGAUGACAAAGGUGCUCCAGCUCUACCAGAUCCAGAAGAUCCACCACGGCGUCAUGAUGGUGGGGCAGUCCGGCACCGGGAAGUCGGGCGCCUGGAGGCUGCUGCUCAGCGCCCUCCAGCAGGUCGAGAACGUCGAGGGCGUCUGCCACGUCAUCGACUCCAAGGUCAUGUCCAAGGAGGCCCUGUACGGGAGCCUGGACGCGACCACGCGCGAGUGGACCGACGGUCUCUUCACCAGCAUCCUGCGCAAGAUCGUCGACAACCUGCGCGGCGAGGACUCCAAGAGGCACUGGAUCGUCUUUGACGGAGACGUCGACCCCGAGUGGGUCGAGAACCUCAACAGCGUCCUCGACGACAACAAGCUGCUCACCCUGCCCAACGGUGAGCGCCUCAACCUGCCGCCGAACGUGCGCAUCAUGUUCGAGGUCGAGACCCUCAAGUACGCCACCCUGGCCACCGUCAGCCGCUGCGGCAUGGUCUGGUUCAGCGAGGACACGGUCACGUCCGACAUGCUCGUCGCCAACUACCUCGAGGCCCUGCGCAAGGUGCCCUUCGAGGACCUCGACGAGGACAGCGUCGGCGCCGGCCAGAACCCCGCCAGGAACCUGGCCGUCCAGGGCCAGGUGGCCGACUUCCUGUCCGCGCACCUCACCGGCGGCAGCUUCACCUCCGAGGCUCUCCGCCGGGCCGAGGGCUACAGCCACAUCAUGGACUUCACCUCGGCCCGCGUCCUGACCACGCUCUUCUCCCUGCUCAACAAGGCCGUCAGGGACGUCAUCGAGUACAACGCCCAGCAUCCGGACUUCCACGUCGAGCCGGACCAGGUCGAGGCCUUCGUCUCCAAGAAGCUCCUGCUGGCCCUGGUCUGGGCCUUCACGGGCGACUGCCCUCUCGGCGACCGCAAGGCCUUUGGCGACGCCCUCUGCAGCCUGGCCAGCUUCGGCUCCCCGCCGCUCGACGGGAGCAGCUCGCUCAUCGACUUCGACGUCACCCUGCCCCGCGCCGAGUGGUCCUCCUGGCAGACCCAGGUCCCCACCGUCGAGGUCAACACGCACUCCAUCACGCAGACGGAUGUGGUCAUCCCCACGCUCGACACGGUCCGCCACGAGGACGUGCUGUACUCGUGGCUGGCCGAGCACAAGCCGCUCCUGCUCUGCGGCCCCCCCGGCUCGGGCAAGACGAUGACGCUCUUCAGCGCCCUGCGCAAGCUGCCCAACAUGGAGGUGGUCGGCCUCAACUUCUCCAGCGCCACGACCCCCGACCUCCUCAUCAAGACGUUUGAGCAGUACUGCGAGUACAAGAAGACGCUCAACGGCGUCAUGCUCUCCCCCACCCAGAUCGGCCGCUGGCUCGUCGUCUUCUGCGACGAGAUCAACCUGCCGGCCCCCGACAGGUACGGCACCCAGCGCGCCAUCUCCUUCCUGCGCCAGCUGGUCGAGCACAACGGCUUCUGGAGGACGUCGGACAAGUCGUGGGUCACGCUCGACAGGAUCCAGUUCGUGGGCGCCUGCAACCCGCCCACCGACGCCGGCCGCACGCCCCUCGGCGCCCGGUUCCUGCGCCACGCGCCCCUCAUCAUGGUCGACUACCCGGGCGAGUUGUCGCUCAACCAGAUCUACGGCACCUUCAACUCGGCCGUGCUCAAGAUCGUGCCCUCGCUGCGCGGCUACGCCGAGGCCCUCACCCGCGCCAUGGUGCGCUUCUACCUCGAGUCGCAGCAGCGCUUCACGCCCCAGAUCCAGCCGCACUACGUCUACAGCCCGCGCGAGCUGACGCGCUGGGUCCGCGGUGUCUACGAGGCCAUCAAGCCGCUCGAGGCCCUGACCGUCGAGGGCCUCAUCCGCAUCUGGGCCCACGAGGCCCUCCGCCUCUUCCAGGACCGCCUCGUCGCCGAGGAGGAGCGCAGGUGGACCGAGGACGCCAUCCGCCGCAUCGCCCUGGAGCACUUCCCCACCAUCGAGGAGGACAAGGCGCUCGGCGGCCCCAUCCUCUUCUCCAACUGGCUGUCCAAGAACUACGUCCCCGUCGACCGCGAGCAGCUCCGGGACUUUGUCAAGGCGCGCCUCAAGACCUUCUGCGAGGAGGAGGUCGACGUGCCGCUCAUCCUGUUCGACGACGUGCUCGACCACGUGCUCUGCAUCGACCGCGUCUUCAGGCAGCCCCAGGGCCACCUGAUCCUGAUCGGCGUCAGCGGCAGCGGGAAGACGACGCUCUCGCGCUUCGUGGCCUGGAUGAACGGCCUGCGCGUCUUCCAGAUCAAGGUCCACGGCAAGUACUCGGCCGAGGACUUUGACGACGACCUGCGCGAGGUCCUCCGCCGAUGCGGCUGCAAGGGCGAGAAGAUCUGCUUCAUCAUGGACGAGUCCAACGUGCUCGACUCGGGCUUCCUGGAGCGCAUGAACACGCUGCUCGCCAACGCCGAGGUGCCCGGCCUGUUCGAGGGCGACGACUACGCCGCCCUCAUGACGGCCUGCAAGGAGGGCGCCCAGCGCCAGAACCUGCACCUCGACUCGCCCGAGGAGCUGUACAAGUGGUUCACGCAGCAGAUCGUCAAGAACCUGCACGUCGUCUUCACCAUGAACCCGCCCGAGGACGGCCUGGGCUCCAAGGCGGCGACGUCGCCCGCCCUGUUCAACCGCUGCGUGCUCAACUGGUUCGGCGACUGGUCCGACCAGGCCCUCUUCCAGGUCGGCCGCGAGCUGACCAACUCGAUCGACCUGGACCGGCCGAGCUACCAGGCGCCCGACACCAUCCCGGUGGCCUUCCGGGGGCUCCAGCUGCCGCCCACGCACCGCGAGGCCGUCGUCAACUCGAUGGUGCACAUCCACUACUCACUGCACCACUACAACAGGAAGCUGCUCAGGCAGCAGGGCAAGAAGACCUUCCUCACCCCGCGCCACUUCCUCGACUUCGUCAACCAGUACGUCAGGCUGUACAACGAGAAGCGCGAGGACCUCGAGGAGCAGCAGCGCCACCUCAACGUCGGCCUGGAGAAGCUCAGGGACACGGUCGACAAGGUGCGCGACCUGCGCGUCAGCCUGGCCGAGAAGAAGACGCAGCUCGAGCAGAAGGACGCCGAGGCCAACGAGAAGCUGCAGAAGAUGGUGGCCGACCAGCGCGAGGCCGAGCAGCGGAAGAACACGUCGCUCGAGAUCCAGGCCGCCCUGGAGAUCCAGGAGGCCGAGGUGGCCUCCCGCAAGCAGGUGGUGCUCGAGGACCUGGCCAAGGCCGAGCCCGCCGUCGAGGAGGCCAAGGCCAGCGUCAGCAACAUCAAGCGCCAGCACCUGACCGAGGUGCGGGCCAUGAGCAGCCCGCCCUCGGGCGUCAAGCUGGCCAUGGAGGCCGUCGUCACGCUCCUCCAGGGGCGCGGCAUCCAGGACUGGAAGACGGUCCAGGGAGUCAUCCGCAAGGACGACUUCAUCGCCAACAUCAUCACCUUCGACAGCGCCAGCCGCAUGACCAAGCCCCUGCGCGACCGCAUGCGCAAGGAGUUCAUCUCCAACUCCGAGUUCACCUUCGAGAAGGUCAACCGCGCCUCCAAGGCGUGCGGGCCCCUGGUGCAGUGGGUGACGGCCCAGGUCAACUACUCGGACAUCCUGGACCGGGUGGGCCCCCUCAAGCAGGAGGUCGCCCAGCUCGAGGAGCAGGCGCUGCAGACCAAGGCCGACGCCAAGGCGGUCGAGAACAACAUCAACGAGCUCGAGGCCAGCAUCAACACGUACAAGACCGAGUACGCGGCCCUCAUCAGCGAGACGCAGGCCAUCAAGGCCGAGAUGUCCAAGGUGCAGUUCAAGGUCGACCGCAGCGUCAGGCUGCUCGACAGCCUCUCGUCGGAGAGGGUGCGGUGGGAGGACAGCAGCAGGUCGUUCGAGACGCAGAUCAGCACGCUCGUCGGCGACGUGCUCGCCGCCGCCGCCUUCCUCGCCUACAGCGGCCUGUACGACCAGACCUUCAGGAAGUCGAUGGCCGAGGACUGGUUCCACCAGCUGCACCUGUCGGGCAUCCAGUACAAGUCGCCCAACCCGGUGACCGAGUACCUCUCGACGGCGGACGAGCGGCUCGGCUGGCAGGAGAACGGGCUGCCGGUCGACGACCUGUGCACGGAGAACGCCAUCAUCCUCAACCGCUUCAACCGGUACCCGCUCAUCAUCGACCCGCCCGGGCGCACGCUCGAGUUCCUGCAGAAGGAGUGCAAGGACCGGCGCCUGACGGUCACGAGCUUCCUGGACGACACCUUCACCAAGCAGCUCGAGAGCUCGCUCCGGUUCGGCAACCCGAUCCUCAUCCAGGACGCCGAGUACCUCGACCCCGUGCUCAACCACGUGCUCAACAAGGAGUACCAGCGCACGGGCGGCCGCGUGCUCAUCCAGCUCGGCAAGCAGGAGAUCGACUUCUCGCCGUCCUUCAGGCUCUACCUGUCGACGAGGGACCCGUCGGCCACGUUCCCGCCCGACAUCUGCAGCCGCACGACGCUGGUCAACUUCAGCGUGACGCAGAGCAGCCUGCAGACGCAGUCGCUCAACGACGUGCUCAAGUCGGAGAGGCCCGACGUGGACGAGAGGCGGUCGAACCUGAUCAAGGUGCAGGGCGAGUUCAAGAUCCACCUGCGGCAGCUGGAGAAGCGGCUGCUGCAGGCCCUGAACGAGUCGCGCGGCAACAUCCUGGACGACGACAACGUCAUCGAGACGCUCGAGACGCUCAAGAACGAGGCGGCCGAGAUCUCGGCCAAGAUGAGCAACACCGAGGGCGUCAUGGCCGAGGUCGACCAGAUCACGCAGCAGUACAGCGUCAUCGCCCGGUCGUGCAGCGCCGCCUUCGCCGUGCUGGAGCAGCUGCACUUCCUCAACCACUUCUACCAGUUCUCGCUCCAGUACUUCGUCGACAUCUUCCAGUCGGUGCUGCACGACAACAAGCGACUCGAUGCCGAGACGGACCACGACGCGCGCCGCGACAUCAUCGUCAGGGACCUCUUCGUCAACACGUUCAAGAGGACGGCGCUGAGCCUGCUGCAGAAGGACCGCGUCACGCUGGGGAUGCUGCUCGCCCAGGCGUCGCCGUACAAGAUGGACAAGUCGCUCAUCGACGCCAUCCUCGACGGCAGGGCCGAGGGCAAGGACCUGUCCACCGACCCGUCGCUCAGGGACGAGGCGUUUGCCGAGGCCAGGAAGCUGCCGGUGCUGAGGGACAAGAUCGACGCGGUGCCCUCGGCCGACUGGGACAGGUUCUUCGAGGAGGAGCUGGCGGAGAACGUGGUGCCGCAGAUCUGGGAGGACUCGGCCGAGGGCAACGACAAGGCGCUCCUGUCGCUCCUGCUGGUCAAGAUGUUCCGGCUGGACCGGUUCGUGCCGGCGGCGGAGCGGUUCGUGACGCAGGUGUUCGGGCCCGACGUGUUCGACAUCGUCGACGACCUGAAGCAGACGACGGCGCAGGUGUCGGCGACGCUGCCCAUCUCGCUCGUGUCCAGCCCCGGGUUCGACGCCAGCUACAAGGUGGAGAGCCUGGUGGAGAGGAUGCGGAUCCCGUGCGCCAACAUCGCCAUGGGCUCCAACGAGGGCGUGACGAGCGCGGACAAGGCCAUCAGCAACGCGGCACAGUCCGGGUCGUGGGUCCUGGUCAAGAACGUGCACCUGGCGCCGACGUGGCUGCAGAGCCUGGAGAAGCGCAUGGAGGCGCUCAACCCGCACGCCGACUUCCGCCUCUUCCUGUCGAUGGAGUCGAGCCCGAAGAUCCCGGUCAACCUGCUGCGGGCGUCGCGCGUGCUCAUGUACGAGCAGCCGGCGGGCGUGAGGGCCAACAUGAAGGACUCGAUGUCGUCCCUGUCGACCAGGGCGUCCAAGAGCCCGGUGGAGCGCACCAGGCUGUACCUGCUCAUCUCGUUCCUGCACGCUGUCGUGCAGGAGAGGUUGAGGUAUGCGCCCAACCUCGGAUGGAAGGGGUUCUGGGAGUUUAACGACAGUGAUGUAAGUCUACGAUUCACCUGGGUCACAUGUGGUGUUUUUUUUUUCCAGCGAACAAUGAAGAAGAAGAAGAAGAAGAAGACUGACGUUGAACAGUACGAAUGCUCGGCAUUCGUCGUCGAUACAUGGCUAGACGGCGUGGCGGGCAACAGGACCAACAUUGCGCCGCAGAACAUCCCGUGGGACAUGAUCCGGUACCUGGUGACGGAGACGUACGGAGGCAAGAUUGACGACGAGGGCGACUUCAAGCUGCUCCGCAGCCUGGUGCACCAGUUCCUGACGCCGGACGCCUACGACGUAGACCACAAGCUGGUGGAGGGCUCGGCCGACGGCGGCGCCGAGGGACUGCUCGUCCCGUCGGGCACGAGCCUCAGGGACUUCACCGAUUGGAUCCACAAGCUGCCGGAGCGCGAGCCGCCCACGUACCUCGGGCUGCCGGCCAAUGCGGAGAAGCUGCUGCUCGUCGGGCUGGGACGCAGCCUCAUGGACAAUCUCGGCAAGGUUAUCGAGUUGCUGGAUGAAGGCGAACAGUUGGCUACGGAUGCUUGA